UCGCCUAUCAAUAAUUGAGGCGCGCGCCAGAGAGCAGACGGAGCUUCCCCUCCCGCGCGCUGCUGCUAUGACUGCUGCUGUCCGCCCGCUCGGCGCGCGACUCUGUUUGUUCCGGAGCAGGAGCCGCUGACAGGUGCGCCAGGAGGAGGAGACCAGGUGAGCGACCGGGACUGGACCGGAGCGAACCCAUCCGGCUCGGAGUUUAACCGCAAACCGCAGCAGACCGGAGCGGCGCGCGCAGCUUUAAACUUCUGCAACUGUUGGGCUUUUUUUUUUUUUUUUCUUCCUUUUUUUACUUUCUGGUCCGGAAUGUUGGUGCUGUGCCUGCUGAGUGCCGCCUGGCUGGCUGCCGGCCCGGUUCGGGCUCAGAAUGAGACCGAACCCAUCGUGCUGGAGGGAAAGUGCCUGGUGGUGUGCGACUCCAACCCGACCUCGGACCCGACGGGCACGGCGCUCGGCAUCUCGGUGCGCUCCGGCAGCGCGAAGGUGGCUUUCUCCGCGGUCCGGAACACCAACCACGAGCCGUCCGAGAUGAGCAACCGAACCAUGGUCAUCUACUUUGACCAGGUUUUAGUAAACGUUGGGAGGAAUUUUGACGAGGAACGAAGUAACUUCAUCGCGCCGCGGAAAGGGAUUUACAGUUUUAACUUCCAUGUAGUCAAAGUCUACAACCGCCAAACCAUACAGGUGAGCCUGAUGCACAACGGCUGGCCGGUGAUCUCUGCAUUCGCCGGCGACCAGGAUGUGACGCGUGAAGCUGCCAGCAACGGCGUUCUGAUCCAGAUGGAGAAGGGCGACCGGGCCUACCUCAAACUGGAAAGAGGAAACCUGAUGGGCGGAUGGAAAUUCUCCACCUUCUCCGGGUUCCUGGUGUUCUCGUUGUAGAGAGGAAGAAGAAGGAGUUGGGGAUGGAAACAAAGGAGGAAGACGGAAAGAUCAGAAGCGGAAAAAAAGGACACAAAUGAGCUGGAGGAAGAGAAGAAGAAGAAGAAAAGAGGGCGUGACAACGGACGAUGAUUUAAGUUGUAGUUUGAUUAUAGGAAUUAAGAAAAGCUGGUACAUGAGAGAAAAUGGCCACCUUCUUCACUUCCUCCUUUCAUCCAUCCCUUCAUCCAUCCUUUUCCUCUCUCUGUUUUCGUUGUGGCUUGACUGCAGCUUUGGACAGCCAGAACUUUUUUUACUCUGCUGAAAAUCGCAGCUGAUCAUUUUAUCGUGUCCUGAAGUGUAAGAAUCCCCUCUUUCCUCCUCACUUCUUCACCCAUCCAUCCGUUUAUCACAUCCCUUCAUCCAUCCUUAAACAUCAACUCUCAAGAAUGUUUCUCAAGAGAAAAACUCACAUUUUCUAUGUAGCUCGUUUCUGUUAUUUCUUAUUUUCGUCAUCUAGGGCAAUAAGAAAUGAAUUUAAACACGUAACACAAACCUCUAGUCAUGUGAUUGCAGCCUGGAGAUGCUGGUUUAAUUUUUUCAAUAAGAUUGACUUUAAUGUUACUGUUACUACAAAACUAACCAUAACGAAGCUAAACACGCCGACAGAAUGAGCAAAAAAUGAACAAACACGAAAAUCCAAGACAAACGUUAAUAUAAUUUAAAAUAUGGUCUGGAAAGUUUAGCCACAUUUAAGAUAUUUUAGAAAAAUAAACAUUGAAUGAGUGAACGUAGAUCCCAUCGUUAAAGCGAUGAGACCAAGCGUAGCUAUUCGAUGUCUCUCAAAGUCCAAAAUAAAUCCCCCCAGUUAAAUAUCUCAGAUGUUUUAUAGACAUUUUUACUGUAUUAAUGCUCAGUGAGUGAACACGUCCAUUCAUUUACUCAGAAGCCGAGAAAUGAGUCAGUAAACGUAAAAAUUUACAUUUAGCUUUUCAGUAAACGUGAAAGUAUUUCAACUCAUAGUUGUAAGGAGGGCAAAACGUGACAAGUAUUUAUUUUUAUUGAAGAAACAAACGAACUAUCCAGAACCUUGAUGAAAAACAUAAUUGGACGUUUUUAAAUUACCAAAAUGUUUGGAAAGUUAAAUUAAAUAUUUCAGUAAAUGUAAAAGUAGUUUAACUCCAAGAUGACAAAAAAAAUGCAAUUACAUUUAUUUAACUCUGGUUUUGCACGUUAGCUACAGGUGUACACUGUGUAUACAAAUGAAAGGUUGAAUGAAACUGUAAUUAAUUAUAUGGGUAAAAUAAUAAAGCAUUCAUUGGGAGAAGUGACUUCAAAGUACUUAAUUGGCACGUAAGUUUUUACACUCUUGUAACCAAGUAUUUUUUAUUUCAACAAACACGAUAGUUAUCCUUUUCCCCUCUGAAUUUCUAAUUUCUGUUGAGGUCAAGUGGAGUUUUAUUUAUUUAAUUCGCCUCAUUCCUGCUGCUGUUCUUCAGAAACAAACCUCCUCAUCUUUUGGACCCUCCUCUCUUACUCUAUGCUGCUUUCCAUGAAGUACAGAUUUUCAUUUCAUGCUCCUUUGGUUCAUUUCACCACGUUCCCCUCCAUCCCAACCGGCCACCAUUUUGUCCCUCCACCCUGGACCGCCGGGUGUUUGUUUGCUUCGAAGCACAGACUGUCUUCAUGUUGGACUGUGAACUCUGAACCCUGCUACCAUGGAACUUUAACAGUAUAUAUAUAUAAAUAUAUAUAUAUAUACAUAUAUUUACACAUACACACACGCACACAAAUAUAUCAAAGCCACUGUUUUUAUUCUCCUGGUAUUAUGAUGAUAAUAAUGGUACUACUAGGUAAUGAAAUUGACUGAUGACUAUAUUAUCUGUAUUUCUGUACUUGAGUGUUAUAUAAAAGAGAAACAGAAACCUAAUAUUGAUUGUGUGGAAAAAUCUGAAGCUGCCAUUCUGCUGAUUAAAAACUUGCUUCUUGUUUUUGUGUCGAACAAAUUGUGGCUAAACGGCUAAAACUACUUCUAUAGAUAAAGAUAGUGUAAAAGGACUAUUAUUAUUAUUAUUGACUGUAAAAAGAUCAUAUUUAGACUUUGCAAUUAUAAUUUAUUAAUUGAAUCAAUUUAUGAUUUUUUUUUUUAUUUGCUUUGAAGAACUCAAUAAAAUGAAAUUGUACUUUUAUUUUUCUUAAACCAAA